CUGGGCUGGGCUGUUGCUUCUCUCAAGACCAAGUCUUAACAGCAACUUCCCUUCCUCUGCUGCCUAAACUUUUUUCCUGUGGCUGGGAAGAAGUGUCACCUUUUGCUCAUUCCCAUCCCCCCACCCCCUCCAGACAACGCGAGUGGAGAGCAGGAGCUGCCGUGAGCCACCCCUCCACCUCCUCGGUAACUGCUGUGAGCAACUUUCAGCUCCUCUCUUUGUAAAGCUAUGAACUUCCCCGAGAAGCCCAGGAGCCAGACAGCUGCUUUUCUGCCUCUGUGCUGGCUCCUUUUGAAGAUUCUGCAACCAGGGUGCAGCCACCUUUACAAUGACCGCUAUGCUGGUGAUAAGGUAAUAAGACUUACUCCCAAAACAGAAGAAGAAGCAUAUGCACUGAAGAAAAUAUACCACCAGCUCAAGGUGGACCUGUGGCAGCCCAGCAGUAUUUUCUAUGUGUCAGAGGGGACAGUUACUGAUGUCCACAUUCCUCAAAAUGCCUCCCAGGCCCUGUUAGCCUUCUUCCAGGAAGCCAACAUCGAGUACAAGGUCCUCAUAGAAGAUCUUCAGAGAGCACUGGAAAACAAGAGCAGUCUGCAAACCCAGAGAAAUAGAAGAGCCCUCCCUGAAUAUAAUUAUGAAGUUUAUCACUCCUUAGAAGAAAUUCAGAGUUGGAUGCAUUAUCUCAAUAAAACUCAUUCAGGCCUCAUUCACAUGUUCUCCAUUGGAAGAUCAUAUGAAGGAAGAUCUCUCUUUAUUUUAAAGCUGGGCAGGAGAUCACGAGCCUACAAAAGAGCUGUCUGGAUAGACUGUGGUGUUCAUGCCAGAGAAUGGAUUGGGCCUGCCUUUUGUCAGUGGUUUGUAAGAGAAGCCCUUCUAACAUACAAGAGUGACCCAGCCAUGAAAAAAUUGUUGAAGCAUCUGUACUUCUACAUCAUGCCUGUGUUUAACGUUGAUGGAUACCACUUUAGCUGGACACAUGAUCGGUUUUGGAGAAAAACAAGGUCAAGAAACUCAAAGUUUCACUGCCGUGGAGUUGAUGCUAAUCGUAAUUGGAAAGUCAAAUGGUGUGAUGAAGGAGCCUCUAUGCACCCUUGUGAUGAUACCUAUUGUGGCCCUUUCCCAGAAUCUGAACCAGAGGUCAAGGCUGUAGCUAACUUCCUCCGAAAACACAGAAAUCACAUUAAGGCAUAUCUCUCCUUUCAUGCAUAUGCUCAGAUGUUGCUGUAUCCGUAUUCUUACAAAUAUGCAACAAUCCCCAAUUUUAGCUGUGUGGAAUCUGCAGCUUACAAAGCUGUGAAAGCACUUCGGUCGGUACAUGGGAUAAGGUACAGAUAUGGACCUGCCUCCAGAACAUUGUAUGUAAGCUCUGGUAGCUCAAUGGAUUGGGCUUACAAAAAUGGAAUACCGUAUGCAUUUGCUUUUGAACUACGUGACACUGGGCAUUUUGGAUUUUUACUCCCAGAGAUGCUCAUCAGACCCACCUGUACAGAGACCAUGCUGGCUGUGAAGAAUAUCACAAUGCACCUGCUAAAGAAGUGCCCCUGAGUCAGGUCAGCCCCCAGAUGGACAGCUGAUUCUAACCAAAGUAUCUAGCAGGUUAACUGAUUCUAACCUGCACAAUACCAGGCGGAAAUUGAUUUUAAGGAGAAGGAGGACUACUUAGAAUAAACAUAUCUAUGGAGUUUUAAAAGAUCAUCUCAUGCAAUCUAACCCUUUCCAACAACAGACAGUAGUUAUCUCCAGGACUACAGAUAUCUGUCCUGUCAUCUUCCUGGAAAUGGAAGUCUAUGUAAACUUUCUAAGCCUCAGUGUCCUCAUAUUAAAUAUGUAUUGUGAAGAAUAAGUGAGAUUAUUAGAGUAAAGCUCCUAAUUCUGUGCUCAACACUUCAACAUUUACCUUUUCUUUUAAAAGUGGAAUUCUCAGAAUCUAAACAUAAGUUGCUCUCUUUUGCUGUAUAAUUAUAGGGCUAUGUUAUCACUCAUACUAGGGAAUGAAAAUGAGAAUAAUCUAAGGUCUUGAAAAAUUGUAUGUUUAUUAUAUUAAGAAAUAUAAUUGGGCACUUUCUAUUUCAAAAAAUUCCAUUUGCAAUGAGAACCAAGUAAUUAAAUGUUACUAGUAUCCUAGAUUUUAAUUGAGGGCAUGAGGUUUACUGAAGGGAAAUCCUCGACUAAUUUGUACUUUUCUUGAGACAAGGGAAUUUGAAAAUGUCCCUUCCCUGUAAUCAGCUAAGAAUUCUAAAAGGAUAUGAAGUGCAUGCUUUUUCUUAUAACAAACUAAGCUAUGCUGUUUUAUUGUUUUACCAAUAAAGAACUUCUACUGGGGACUUUUUAAAA